AUGAUGAAAGGAACAUCAUCUUUUGGAAAGCAUUGCAAUGAGAAGCCCACGCUAUCUCUCCGCUGUAGCUCCAAAGCCUUCAGAAGUCAGCCUGUGCCACCUGGAAAACACAAAAGAAAGUAUAACUGGAGUGCCAAGGCUAAGAGACAAAACAUUACCAGGACUGGACAGAUGAGGCACCUAAGGAUUGUCUAUCGCAGAUUCAGACAUGGAUUCUAA